AUGAAUGCUGGAAAUGGUUCCAGACAGAAUCAGCAUGUUGGGGGUAGAAUUCAGCAACAGAUUCCAGUCCAGGGAAAUCCAAACCUCUGUCAGUUUCAGUAUGUUGGUAUGCCUAUACAUCAUCAAGGAUUAAAAAACAACCAGUUCAGUCCAAAUCAGAUGCAUAAUCAUGGAUACAUGGGUCAGCCACAGCCUGGCUGUGUUCAACAACCUGCUGGUCAGGCUUCUUUUCCAGUGGCUACCAAUAUGGCUACACCAUUGGUGACAGGGACAUUUCCAACAGCUGAUAUUUUGGCCAACUUUAAUCAGAUAGGACCUCCUAGACAAAACUUGCAAUAUAAAACUGUGAAUAAUUGGACUAAUCCAUCCCCUCAAAGUGCUAUGACCUUACCAAGUAUUGGAAGUUUAUGGUCACAUUUUCAACAACAACAUAAUAAACCAAACACCCCACAACAACAACAGCAAACUGUAAACCCCCAGCAACUUACAUAUCUUCCUGCCCAACCACAGCAACAGUUUAUCAACACUGGUGAUGGCUUGACAUUAUGUGGAAACCCAAACAUACAAUAUGGCUUGAACCAGACUCCAGGAACUGUAAACCACAACCUUAACUACAGUGGCUUUGUCAUCAACCGUUUACCACAAGCAGCUCAAAAUCCACAAAUUGUCAACACCAAUCAAACUGGUAUCACGAUAGGUACACACCAAACAAUGCUUCAAACAACCAAUCUUCCACCAAAUUCUGUCAGUUUGCCUCCUCAGCAAUCAGUUCAUCCUGCAGGUUUAUCUCAAAACCCAAUUCAAGUAGUUAACACGGAAGCAAUGACUUUUACCACAGCUAGUGUUGCUUUUAGCUCAAACCAAGUGACAAUACCUACAACAACAGUGACUUUAACAUGCAGUACAAGUGCACAGGUGACAGAAACUGCCACAGUUCAUUCACAAAUUCCUGUGACAUCAGUUCUCUCCCCUGCUUCCACCCCACAAGAUGUUAAACCACAAGUCUCUUCAUUAUCCUCCCAUAACAGUUGUGUGUCAAGUCAUAAUAAUAGUGACAUUACUAGUGUUAAAAUACCAUUUGGUUGGAAAAGAGUAGUUGAAGAUGGAGAGAUAGUUUACUACAGCCCAAGUAAUGUCAAGUUAAUCAAUAAACAAGAAAUUUGUAAAUACCUGUUAGUGGAAGGAACUUGUAAAUGUGGACUAGAAUGUCCUUUGUUAGUGGAUAAAGUUUUUAAUUUCGAUGAAAAUGUAGUAGGUCAGUUAUGGAGUGUAGAAGAAAACACCAGUACAAAAGACUUGUCUAAUUUGUGUAAUCAUAAACGGAAGAUUAUUGCUUUAGCCAAAUUUCAACAAAGUCAGGCUUUACAAAACGCAUGUCCAGUAGAGUCAGAGGAAAAAGCUGAAGCUGAAGUGGACCAGAAGACUGAAGGUGCAUGUUCAAGUAAUGAUCCAACAAAACUUACAGCAAGUCAAAAUGCGAGACCAAAUAUCUUACAGAAUUAUGGAACUGAACAUCCUUUCAAUAUUCCUCCGAAUAUAAUUGGACAAAAUCAUCGCAUGCCAAAAUUUAUGGAUAUGCCACCAAUCCAAAUGAAUCCUUUUGAAGUUGCAACAAAACCCCGUGCAGUAAGGAAGCGUAAACCUAGAGCUAAGAAGUCUCGGACCCCAGAUCCUGCUGCAGAUUUAGGUCCCAUUACUUGUCAUGUUCCUCAAAAAUUAGAUUUUAGUCAGGAAAGUCAUUUAAAUUACCGUUUAAAAGUGGAUCCCAUGAGCUGUCAUAUGCAGCCAUCUUUAAGUCCAAAUGACUAUCAGCAAGGCCUUGUUUCUCCACAAGGUCUACUUUCUCCUCAAGGACUUGUUUCUCCUCCUUCUAAUGUGUUCAGUCCUCAGUCUCAAGGAAUGAAAGCACCAGUUGUGUUUCAAAAUUCAAACCAAGGGAAUCCAUUAUCUUCAGGACAUUUUAUGGAACAAGUUCCUACUUCUACCAUGUCUACGGCCAGCAUGCUGUCUCAAUUUCAAGUUCCUCUCAGUGUACAGUCAAAUAAUAACUUGAUGUUUCAGCAGAUGAUGCCAGCCCAUAAUCCUCUAUCGCCACGUUUGGUCAAUAAUGAAAUGUAUAAUCCUAAUAAUCCAUACCAACAUAAUGCUUUAUUUAAUGUUAACUCAAAUAACUAUAUCUAUCCACAAAUGUCAGACAUGCUGUGGAUGGACACAAAUGGAAAACCAAAGAGUAAACGCCCAAGAGGCAAAAAGGAUAAGCACAAGUUAAGCAGUAUUGUAGACAGAACGUCACCAUGUCCAAACAUAGAUGCCCGGAAUAUUGGUUCAAAGACACCAGAGUCAUCUGCAGAAUUGUCAUUUCUUGAAAAUCCGACAGCAUUUUUAGCACAACAAACUGUUUUAGUGAAUAAUUCAAUCAAAUCCCCUUUGACUCAAUCCAAAGAUCUUAAUCCAGUCAGCAUCAAAUCGGAAAACUCAAAAAGUUCUCCAAAAAAUUCAUCUUCAGAACCUUCAACUCCCAAAACUCCUACAACUCCAAAAGCAAUAGAGAAGUCUGAUAUCAAAAUUUCAACAUCUCCGAAAAAUUCAAAAUCCCCAGCUACUGUGACUCAGUUUUCAACUUUAGUGAAGGAGGAGACAAAGGAGUCAGUGAAAGAUCAAGACCAGCAGGCAGAUGUUAAGUUAGAGCCAACUGAAGCAAAGAUUAUUAACCAUACUACAGAGGAUGCAUCUUCGAAUCCAUCAAGCCAGAAUGAUGCUGAAGAAGCAACAGAGUCAGAUGCAUCAAAUUUAGACAGUUUGCACCAAAUGAUCAAUGCCACAAGUCAGCAUGAAUUUCCUGCUAGCACUCUAUUAUCAGCAGCUGCAAGAGCUCAGAUUUCUCAACAACAAACAACAUCAAAUUUGGCUGGUCAAAAUGUACACACUGUGACCAACACUGUGGCUGAUACCAAUAAUCUUCAGGAUUGGAUGAAGAUUUUACAAACCAAUAAUGGAGCUGCUAACAUGCUGUUAGAUCAACAUACACAGAUCAUGUUGCAACAGAACCCAAAUUUAAUGGCUGGUAGUCCUGGGGGACUGGUCAACACUUUCAAUGCAAUGACUGGGUUACCACUGAACAUGUUUUUCCCAGUUGGUCAAGCAGUCGAUCCUUCUGCCUUGUCUCCUUCAAACCUCUUACUUAAUGUGAAUCAACAAGUUCCAUUACUUAAAGCUGAUAGUUCCAAUACCACAACUUUACCUCAGGAUUUGUUAAAAACUUCCCUUCCCAACAUCCAUCCGCAAACACCUCUUCCCACCCAAGACUUAUCAGCAACUGAUCCAAACAUGACAUCCAUAAACACUCCAAUGCCAAGGAUAUCAGUACCAUUGGUUUCUAGUGUUACAAACAGCAUAUCUCAAGUCAUACCAACUGUAGGAGUAACUCAACCAAUCUUGAACCAGCAACAGUUGACUCCUAUGUUUGGUGGAAUGACCUUUCCAGCUAUGAAUGGAUUGUUCCUUGCCAAUCCAAUUGCGGCAAACCAAACCUGCAAUCAAAAUGUAACUCUCAUGGACAUUGUUCAGUGUGGUGAUCAGAACAAGGCUAGUACACCAAAGGCAAGUCCAACAUCUGAAGCCGCUGGUGUAUCUGGUAACAACAUAGCAACAGCAGUGAAUCAAGAACUGUUAAACCAAGUGCAGAAGAAUGAACAGCUUGGGAAUGGUUUGAAUCAACAGCAACUGUUGUUUCUACCAAAUAUUAAUGUACCAAUGAUGCAAGUCCUUGGAUCAAAUCCAUUCAUCCAGCAAGCAGAUGUAGAUAAAGUUGGAAUUCAAAAUCAGCCACAAUACAUGCUCUCAAAUCCUUUAGUAGAUCCCACUGGACAGUUCUGUGCAAACCAACAGAACCAAACAGCAUUGCUUCAGUUACUUGGUAUGCAACAGAUGAUAAAUAACUAUGGAUCUGGAGUAAGCAAUCUCACUCCUGCUCAAAUCCAACAAGUUCAGACUUUUCAGUUUCAACAACUAUUGCUUCAACAGCUACAAGGACUUGAUCAGAAUGGUCAGAUGAAUACAGAGGUCAAAGGUUGUGACGAAAGUGAAGGUGGAGAUGAGAUUCAAUCAGAAAGUGAAAGUGUGUUACAAGCAGACGUGGAAGAUCCACCUGUCACACCUGUCAAUAAAAACCAUUUGAAUGCUGAUCAGUGCAAUGUGGACAGUAAUCAAGUGACAAAACAGUCUCCUCCUGUGAAAUCAAACUGUGUGCCUAGAAAAAAGCUUAAGUGUAAUACCCCAGUGAAUCAUAAACUGUCCAAUCACAAAAGUGAUAGUAAUCAUGUGACUAGUGAUAAUUUACAUAAUGAUAAACAUUUACAUCAUUAUAAUGGGGAAAUAACUCUUGUGAAUACCAACAGAUUGAAGAGAUCUCGGAAGGAUGGCUUAGAUUAUUCAGAUCAUUUAGACAAAAAGAAUAAUAAGUUAUCUAAAUGUUUUAAUAAUGGUGAUCUAGUAUGGGGAGAGGUGGCUGGUUAUAACUGGCCAGGAAAACUUAUUUAUUCUAAUAAUCAUAUUUAUAGUAAUGGUGAGGAAAAGGUAUUAGUACGAUGGUUUGGUGAUCAUGGUGAAUCAAGGGUUAAUCUUCUUACACUGAAAUCUUGGGAUGAAGGUUUACUUGCUCAUAAAAUGGGUCGUAAUUUUAAUGCCACAUUAGAAGCAGCAAUUCAAGAAGCUCUACUCCAGGAAGGAUCAAGCGAUCUACCUCUCAUUGUGAGACAAACUAAAAAGAAAAAAGUUUAA